AUGGCCGCCACAGAACAAGUAGCCGUACAAAACAAGAUACAGAACUUGCAUAAUCUGCAGUUUCCUUGGAAGCUGCACCGCCUCCUAGAAGAAGCAGAACUUAGUGGAGACUCCACAAUUGUUUCGUGGCUUCCUGGAAACAAAGCUUUCAAGGUUCACAACCGACAAGAGUUUGCCAAUCGCAUCAUGCCUGCUUACUUCAGUUCCGCCAAGUACAAGACUUUUCAACGCUCGCUGAACCUGUGGGGCUUUGAAUCCGUCUCCAAAGGACGAGACAAGGGAGCUUGCUUUCACAAGUUUUUUGUUCGAGGUCAUCCAAGCUUGUGCGAGAACAUGCGUCGCAUCAAGAUCAAGGGUCAGCAAGCCACAAAGACGACCUCACCUACUACUCUGCCAAAUAUUACUGGCAUGACAUCUUCUGGCUUGAUCUCUGCUGCCGAACCCAAUAUUGCGGACUUUAUCCGGAAUCGAAGAGGUUCCCUUGAUAAUUCUGGUGUGCCUCAGGUGGAGUGCAUCCCACAACAACAACAACAACAACAACAGCAACUACCUUCUACCUUUUCACUAUACCAAAGUGAUCUAUUCUUGAAGGCAGCGCUUGAACGCCAACAGCGAGAGGCUUUGCUGAGACUGCAGUUGCAAACCCAAUUGCCUGGAUUCAAUUUCGGGGGUUUCCCAAGUAUCCUUCAACAAGCGCAACAGAACGCCCAACAGAAUUCAGGAAAUUUCCAACAACAAAGACAACAAGAUCCGCUUCAUACAGUCGCUCUGGCAGCUGCACUGGCCUCGAAGGUCGUGCAUGAAGUCUAG